AUGUCUUCAACCAACAACGCAACAAAUACAGCCGCUGAGGCUUCCACCUGCGCUGCUGCGGGCGGCGCUGGUGCAGCACGCUCGCGCAAGAAAAUGUACAAGAACUGCGACCGUUGUCGACAAGCCAAACGUGCCUGUUCCGCUCAGUACGUUUCCAUUGCGGAAGCGUUAGCGAGCAAGGUGGCAUGCACUAACUGCAAGAAGAAAGGCCAGGUUUGCACCUUUAACAGCUUGAUCAACUCAUUUGGCGGAAUUCCACUGGGUGGGUUGACUGGGGCGGCGUUUGCUGAGAGCUUGCAGUCUCAACUACCCGCAAUAAUGGCGGACGAAAGUAUGGUGGCGGCCAUGGAAGAGAGUAGUAAAGGCGCGAAAAGAAGAAGGGAGAGUGUAGCGGAAAGUAUCGGUAAUGUCGAUGCCGUAUUUGAGGUCCUCGACAACACCUCCCAAGCAGGUGGUGAAGAGGGAGAGGAGAGGGACAGUAAGAGAAGUAAGCAGAGCAACACCACAGCGACAACAACGUUUGCUGACUUUGCCGACUUCGAUCACGCCACCACUUCCAGCUAUGCUAGCCGUGCUGGGCCACUAGUACGAAGUCGAGCGCAGUCACCUUUUACUGCAAAUGGCACUUCGCCUUUUGACGUUCUCGGUUUCGACAUUUGGAACACAGCCCCUUCCGUCCGCCUCGCCCAAUCAUCAGAUCGAUUUCACCUCAACACCGAUCUUUUGAAUGUAUACGAAGGAGCCGCAGAAUCCGCUUUCAGAGUUUGGGUCACCGAUGCAACCACGCCUUACCUCCUCUGCUCUUCUGCCCUCUGCUCUUCCUUCUCUCCGCCUUCUUCUUCUGCGGCUAUGGCCCUCAACAAAAAGGUGUGCUUGCUCGACCACGCCUCCAAACGCAUCUUCAAACCUGACAACGCCAAUCGCAAUGUCGAGAAGCGCGUUUCGGAAGCAUAUCACGCUGUACUCCUCGCUUAUGCUGCCCAAUGGCCAAGACACCGAAGCGAAGAGGCUGGCGGUGGAUGGAGGCCGGACGAAGCAAGGAUCCGGUUAUCGCUGUGGAAACAGGCCAGAGACAAACUCAUGGAUGCUGCCGAUGCGUGGAGCUUUAGAAUCGUCUUUGCGCUGAUAUUGUUCGCUUGGACGGAAAAGCCGAGGGAAGUGCCCGACAAUGAAGCUUUUCCUCGGGAUGAUCCGAGUCAUGAUCAUCCUUCUCAGCUACACGUUCCUUCGCUGGAUGAGAACUCGGCGCUGGACUCCAGCUCAUGGCAGAUCCCUGCAGAGGCGAGUACCAUGAUGUUGGCCACUGCUAUGCGCAAGCUCAAAGCUUUCCGUCUCAAGAUCCAACAGCUCAGGCGGAAAGGCAUCGAUCUCUGGUCAACUCAAGAACCCGGCCUGGAUCCCACCCAGGUUGCUCACCGCCGAGCUGAAGCAACACUACUGGAGAACACCUACCACAAUCUCUACUGGUUCGGGUGUAUGAUGGAUACCGAACUCUCCGUUCUCCGCAAAUACGACGCUGUCAUUGGCGAUGAAGAUGCAGAGCUCACCGACCAACUCCUCUCCACCCAACCCUCUGCAUCCGAAACAGACAGCUUCCUUACCUCGGGCAGCACCCGCAAAAAACCGCUCCGCAAGAUCUGGGACGAAGUAAUUCCCGCAAACAGCAAAUCAAACAUGCACACCUUUGCCAAAUCUUGGCCAUGCUCUGAAGAAGAAGCCAAACGCACCCUUGCCUACGCCACCCCUAUCAAGGUCCUGCUCUUCCGCCACGUAGGUCGUCUGCAAUCGAGCUAUUGGCGUCAAGCCCCCGCCGAACAGAUCGAGAGACAGAUCACCCACGUGUUGUCCGUGGUUCGACACUGGGAUGAAACCUUCGCUCCCUUUUUCGCUUCUUGUAUCGCACACCAUUCCGAACUUCCGCCCUCCAUUCAAUCUUGGCACGUGAUCACCGCUACGAAGUGGAACCUUGCUGCAAUCCUCCUCGUCGAGCUCGUCUCUACUAUGGACCGUUCCGCUUCGGACCCGUUUAACAACACCGAUCAAGUCUUCGCUUCGCUCCGUAGCAAGGUAUGCAACCAAACCGCCGCGCUGAUCUAUGCUAUUCAGCAUUCGAGUUUGGCGAGUAGUAUGGCCAAAGCUGGCAGUCCGAGUUCGUUCGACUUUAUCGAAGCUACCAACAGCACUAUCUUGCAUAGUGAUCCGUGGCCGGAAAUUUCAGUUCAUGGAUUCGCCUGUGUUGCAAAAAGCGAGAUCAAGGCAUUUGCGGGAUGGGCGAGGGAAGGAAGGUGGGAAGAGGUCAAAAGUGCGGAGGAGAGGGUGGAGAAGUGUAUCUGGGCGUUGGAACAGUUGAGCAAUCGAAGUAUUAUGGCGGUGGAUGCAAGUGUGGAGGUUAGGAAGUUGUUGGAUCUACAUUCGCCACUGAAGCAGCAGCAACAACGCUGCGAGCAGGAGGUGGCAGAGGUAGGACUGGGCAGGAAGAACGCUAGUGCGAUCGAAUCUUUCCUUGCCGAUGCUUCUACUUGUCAUCAGGGAGGAGCGGAGGGACAGGUGUCAGUAUUGCCCGACGAUGUGUGGCAAUCUUGCUGGCAGAUUCUCAACGAAGGUGGUGCUGCCGCUGAUAGUGGUGCGAAUCUCAGCGUCCCAGUGCCAACACAGCAACAAACGUACACACCCAGCGGAGGAGGAAUGCAACCAUUCUGGACAGACCUCGAUCUGGAUCCGACCUCUUCUCCCCACCCUUGCAACAAUGCGAAUGCGAAUCAGGGGUUUUUUCUAACUCCUACAACGCUGCCUCCUAAACAUGCCAGUUCAGAGGUUUCGGACGCAAGUUCAAGUAGAGCCUCUUCCAACCAUUCUCUUUCUCCACCGCUGACGACGGCUACGUUGGGAUCACUUGAUUACGGGAGUUCGGUUGAGUUUACCCCUCCUAGUCUCGGUGGGAUGGGGAUGAAGGAGGGAGGAGGAGGGGAAGAGUUUCAGCUGCCUGAUUUGAGUCCUUUCCAGUUUCGUGUAGCCUAA